AUGGGAGAGCGAAAAGGACAGAAUUUCUAUUAUCCGCCGGAUUUCGACUACCGAAAACAUAAGACCCUUAAUGGGUACCAUGGUAAUUUUAUCAUUAACUUAUUUUAUAAGAAAAAUUGGUUGAUCAGGUACCCAUGCGUUGCGGGAACGAGCCAAGAAAAUCGAUCAAGGCAUCUUGAUCAUCAGGUUUUUGAGAAAAAUGAAGAGAAAGAAAUGAAUGAGAAUUCAGAUUCGAAAUGCCGUUCAAUGUCUGGUGCCUGGGAUGCCAUAAUCACAUCGGAAUGGGCGUUCGGUAUAAUGCGGAGAAGAAAAAAGUGAGCAAAUUGAGGAAAAAAUUUUAGAUUUUUAGAGAAAAAAUAACUCUCAAGGGAGGUCGUUUUGCGGUUGGGAACUUUCUAAAAAUUGUCCUGAACACUUUUUGAUGUACCAGAUGAAGAUCCUGAAUGUUUCAACCUGCACAAAUUCCUAGUUUUCAAGAAAAAAAAAGGCUCAAGAAAAAAAGGCUUUCCACACAGAUCAGCUGUUAGAUUUAUGUGAUUUUUUUGAUGUUUUAUUUUUUUGUAUUUGUCGUGCAGAUUGCGGAAUGGCGAAUAAACACUUGAAAUUGAAAUGAAAGUCCCAAAGUAGCCUAUUUUUUUAUGGAUUUUUGAGAGUUUUUCUUUGACUUUUCUCAAAAACGAGCGAGUUAAAAAAUUCUGAAUCGUCUUCUGGUACAUCCAGGAGCGUUCUGACCAAUUUCCAGAAAAAUCCCAACCGCAAAAUGAAAUGACCUCCCUUGUCGGACAAAUUUUUAAGUUCUGGUGUUUUUUUUCAACUUCUAAGGCUUUUUCACAACUAGAAUUUUUUUUAAAUAUUAGUAAAUUUCAUAGAAAAUUAUUCUCUUAGUUUUACAGUUUUUUUAAUUUCUCAAAUUUUCGGUUUAUCGCUUUUUUAGAAGCCAUGUAUAGUCAAUUAUUUUUCCAAAAUUAUUUUUUUCAUUAUUUAUUUUUUCCAUGUUUUCAGGUUGGAAUGUACUACACGACGCCUUUGUACGAGUUCCGAAUGAAGUGUCAUCUUUGCGAUAAUUAUCUCGUCAUUCGGACGGAUCCAAAGGUUUGAACGAAAAAAAAAGGGUUUUGAAAUGAAAAUUUGGAAAGUUCAAUUUUUUUAGGCCUUUUGGGCAAUCUUGUCCAAAAAAACUGUGCAGGAGCGUCUUUUAUUUUUUAAAAACGGCCUAAAAAAUUGUGAAAUCAGUAAAAAUCAAACAUAUCUGUGUUGAAUAAUGCGUUUCUCAACAUCGAGGAGAAAACAUUUUUGAAAAAACAUCCAAUUUUCAUUUUUUCUGUGUUAAAGUAUUGAUUUUUUUGUUUGGAAUGAGCCAACUUAGGAACUCCAGAGUGGUCCCUAUAGUGGCAACUUUGACAGGGUCAGAUUCUAACCACUAUAGGGAUCACCUUGAUUUCAUCCCUAUAGGACCACUUUUUUGGCUCCUCGAGUGGCUGUUUUCCCCCUAACCCCUAUAGGGACCAAUCUAAAAUCCCCAACAAGACCUUCUCAAAGUUAAAGACUUGAAAAAUCAAUAGCCACGAAUAUUCUAACUAGACUUUGCGUUGAAAUGAAGCUUGCUUUUUCCAGAAUUUCGACUACGAACUGGUCGAAGGCUGCUCCCGACAGGAGAAACGUUAUGACCCCUCGACGAUCGACCAACUCGGCGCCGUCGACCGCGGCUUCGCCCAGAAGCUCGCCGCCGACGCCAUGUUCAAGACGGAGCACGUGGCGACCGACAAGAACAAGGGCACCUCGGAGGAGUCGCGCGUCGAGAAACUCGAGUGGAUCCAGGAGCGCGGCAGAGACGACUUCUCCGCCAAUCAGUACCUCAGAGCGCAGUUUAGGGUCCGUUUGACUCGGGAAUUAUUCCGGAGGGGGAAAAUAGCUGCAAGAAAAAAACAAAUAUGCUUUUUGUUCGACACGCCAUCGAAAAACUGAAAAAUGAGACCUUUUUCCUCUUUAGAGCUUUUUUGUGAGGAGAAUUCCUUCAGUAGUAGUUUCGGAACAGAGUAGGGAGAUGAAAGUAGCAGUUUUUAGUCUAGAAAGUAUUUUUGGAUGCUUAAAGUUCUACUGUAAAAAAAGAACAUUUUGUAAAGCUCGAUUUUCUUCUUCUGUGCCCUUAGCUACACAGGCAAAGUCCCAAAAAAUUUUCUAGAACUUUUUCUGAAAAAGUCAGUCAAGGAGGUGUAAAAAAAGAAGGCGGAGAGAAGGAGAUUCCUAAAAAAGCAACCUUUUCAGGAACUCAAAAAGGAGCUUUAGACUCUUCUUUUUGAGGCCGUUUGGACGUUGCCUGUGUAGAUAUAAACCAUGAAAAGCCACUGGAAUUAAUGAAUCUCGACUUUUUCUCCAAUGAAAAAGUUUUUAUUCCUUUUUUUGUUUCGAAAACUAUCCAUAUUAGAGGGAUAACUUCAAAAUUCCUGUUUCUGCUGAUGAAUGCUCGUUUUUUAAAAGGAUUUCCAGGUUUUUAGCCAUUUUUUAUCACUAGCUUAAAGAGUUUUGUCAAAGUUCUUAUUAGUAAUUUUAUGAUGCAAAUAACAAAUUCAAAAGGAUCAAAGGAACUUCAGAAAGAGAAAAAGCACCUCGGCGAGCAACGAGCUCAUGACGACAGCCUCCGUUCUCGUCUUUCGAUCCCUCUGAUGAAGUUGGCGCCGGCUGAUCCGAAAGACGAACGCGUUGCCGCUAUGCUCACGCGAUAUCGCGACAUCAAAGGUUCUAGCCUGUGCCCUAUUAUUAUCUACUGAAACCUUUCAAUAUUUGCAUGUAGUUCCGUUCACAAUCUUUUAUAAAUCGUUAAAGGAAAAAAUUAAGAACUGGCUAAUGAAAUUAGGACGCUUGAAUGACAGCAAAAAAGAGUGAAAAGCUGGAAAAAACAGCAGAAAAAAUUUAGGUAAAGCAAAACUCGCGCCAAAAUAUAUACGGGUUUAUUGGCAUUAAAGACGUGACUACUUGACUUGAACCCAUUGCCAGGAUUUUGUUUCACCCUCCAGUAUCAAGGUUUUGAUCCGACAGGUCAUGAAAUAAUCCAAAUUUCAUUUAACUACAUAAUGACAAACUGUCAAAUUCAGCCCAAGAUGACGUGCAAGAAGACAUCCGCGAAGAAAUUGGAGCUCGUCGAAUUUUCGGCGAAGAACCAUCGACCAGUUCGACGGCAGGAGUCUCCACGGCUUCUGACCGAUUGAAGGCGUCGGUUCGAAGGGAGCGAGAUCGCAAGAUAAACGAUCAGGUUCUGAAAGAAUGAAGAAAAAAUAAUCUCUCAUUCUUCCAGUUCUCCUCCUCGACUCCUUUCGCUUCGGGAGCCAAAAGAAAAGCCUCGGCCCUUGGAAUCGUCGUCAAGAAAGCCGUCAAGAAAGAAGACGUCGACGUUGACGUCGCCUCGACUUCUGAAGCCUCUCUCGAAGACGUCAAGAAGGAGGAAGAGCCUUCCUCGUCUUCUGGCGUCUCCUCGAUCAAAUUGAUAGCGGAUUAUGGGACCAGCUCCGACUCGGAUUGA